AAAACAGAGAGAGUGACAGAAGAGUGGGAGAGGGAGGGAGAAGACGACCCAUCGUUUUAGUCCCACAGUCGCAAGCUCGCAGCUUCCUUUUCCUUUUCUUUCCCUAAAUAUACCAAUGUCCAAUCUCAAAACCCCACAGAUAAAAACUCUCUCCCACACUCACAUCUCCACUGUCCCUCGCUUCACUGCUCACUCUUCCCACUCUCCCCCAAUCUCUCUGUUUUUCUCCCAUUGACACAGCAAGAAAAGCUGCAAAACCAAAAUGGCUCGUCAAUCUGUAGACAACUCACCCCUUCUCUUCUCCUCCCUCAAAUAAUGCCCCUAGAUUCACACAACCCUCUUCUCCUCUUCCUCACCAGAAGAAGAAGAUGGCCAGCCCAUCAUCUCAAGACUCUCUCUACCUCUACUGCCUCGAGGACAUUUUGACACCCGAGGUAGAAGAUGAAGAAGAGGAGCAACCAGAAACUUGCUCUGCUUUCUGCUGGAGUAAUGAAAACCAUGAAAUUAACGAAUCCGGAAUCCCCAUUGUUUGCUUUCCGGAGCAGGACUCGUUGUUGUUCUCUUGGGAAGACGACGAGCUUUCUGCUCUGUUUUCAAAAGAAGAGGAGAACCCAUUGUACAGAGAGCUCGAAUCUAGCCCCUUUCUGGCCCGGGCGCGCCAGGAGGCCGUGGAUUGGAUCCUCUCCGUUAAUUCGCACUACUCAUUCGCUAAUCUCACCGCCGUUCUGGCUCUCAAUUACCUCGAUCGAUUCCUUGUCACUUUCCACCUUCAGGCCGACAAGCCGUGGAUGACCCAGCUCGCCGCCGUCGCCUGCCUCUCUGUUGCGGCCAAAGUGGAGGAGACACGCGUCCCUCUUCUAAUCGACCUACAGGUUGGGGAGAGUAGGUAUUUGUUUGAGCCGAAGACGAUACAGAGGAUGGAGAUUAUGGUGCUCUCUGCUCUGAAAUGGCGGAUGAACCCUGUUACCCCAUUGUCGUUCCUCGAUUACAUGGCCAGGCGGCUGGGACUCAAGGACUAUCUCUGUUUUCAGUUCGUCAGUCGAUGCGAGCGGUUAAUCGUCUCACUAAUCUCAGAUUCUAGGUCAUUGUGUUAUGCACCUUCUGUAGUGGCCACGGCUGCAAUGCUUCAUGUCAUCAAUGGCGUGGAGGAGCCCUCUGUUGGGGCUGAAUACCAACGCCAGUUGCUAGACAUUCUGGGAAUCCAAGAGGAGCAGAUAAAUGGUUGCGGACAUUUGAUAAUGGAAUUGGUAUCAUCCGGAAGCCAAUGGAAGAAGCGGAGGAAGUUGGACUCGAUUCCAGGGAGCCCAAAUGGGGUAAUGGAUUUGAGCUUCAGCUCCGACCAAUCUGACGACUCUGCAUCUUCCUCCGUCUCUUCUUCCCCAGAGCCACCGCAUAGGGCGAAAAAGAGCAGAGUUGCAGAACAGGGUACCUCUGCAAAGUUCCUCGGCAUCGUCAUUCCUCCCUAGAGUUAAAAAAGGACACAACUUGCGAUCUUCCUAGCUCUAUAGCUAAAUUUCCAUGGCUGAGAAUAAGGAACUCCCACCAUGUUGGGUUUAAGUUAUGAUGUUCUGCCUCGAGUUUAAAUUGCCUACAAUCUCUGCUUUCCUGCUGCGCCUGGAGAAGUUGUUGGAAUAUUUUGGGAAGAAGCAAUGGCGAAGCAGAGAUGGUUGGCAUUUUAUCCGGCCGGGAUGGGGGAUGAACAUGGAAAUCCAAGGACAUUGAACAAACUAGUGAUGAGGAGUUCUUGGUAGUAGAAGCAAAACCAAUCUAUAUUAUUAUUAUCAGCAAAUCCCAAAAAAAAAAAAAAAAAGUAAAGAAAUGUUACUUUUCUAUAUGUACCUGCUACCACAUAAUGUUCAAUACAUAAAAAGAUAAAAAGUUUACUUACAGCUGGCUCUUGCUCUUGCCUGAUUGCCUCCUUAUUAAUUCUGCCCAAAAUGAAAUUAGGAUGAAGCAAAAUGUGGCAAUACUUUGUCAAGAAUCAGACGAGGAGUUAUCAGGAUUUGAACAAGAGAUCUUUGGUCAGGGAAAAUCAGUUGAUCUAAAAAACACGAGUUAUUGAGAGAGGUUUAAUUGUGGAUC